CGAAUCCGUAACUUAGACCAGGCAUCCCGUCAUACAUCAUCAUCCAUUCAGCUCUUCACGCUUUCCAGGAGACAAUGUAGCUGAGCAUCAUUGUAUAUCACUAGUAGAGUGCCUGAACCAACAUCCUUGCACGACCCUGGACCUCCUGCACUAUAAGAGCCAUCAUCAUCACCAUCCCUUGAAUGACGGACUCCCUGGAUAUCGCCCUGCCCAGUCGUUAUUGCACUACCGAGCCAGGCCAGAACUCCUUCAGGGUCCUCUGAUAAAGCUCAAUAUCGCGUCUCAGCUCGAAGAUCGCCCGUCAGUGUCACCAUCUGUGCUAAAGAAGUACUUGUCCCGUCUACUUCUCAUAUUCGGCACUCAGGCGUUCCAGCCAUGGCUUGCUAGACUCCGGCUUAGGCUCCCUCAUUUUCUCUGUCGUCAUCUUGUGGCUACGGCCGGGGAUACCAGAAUCUCUGUGGGGGUUCUCGAGCGACUUCCGCCAGUUGACCCAAUCGCUGUUAUCAGUCCGCCAUGCAUAGGGUCGGGAGAUGGCUCGAUCGAGGGCGAUCAUAUGCCAAUGUCUCGACGCAGAGCCUGGAUUCUCUGGCAGAGUCGCAAAAUUUGGAGACGGCACUGCGAGCGGUAGAGCUGGUGUUGAACGAUGACAUCAAGGGCGCAGAGCAGGGUCUCGCGGAUGGAACGUCACCUUUCCACAAAUUAGCCAAAGGCACGCUCAGUUUCAUGAAGGCGACCUUGGGAUUCGAACAGGAAGUCAUGAAAGAGGCCCAGGAAACGCUGUCCGAGGCCGAAUCGAGCGCCUCCAGCAACUACUACAAAGCCCAGCAUGACCCUCGUGUCUUCGUGUCCAACAUCUAUGACAAAGGUUCCGAGUUCGCUCUGUGUCAAGCCGAAGCCCAAAUCAUGUCUGCCGUUGUAGGCGUGCUCAAUGAGAGUCUGACGGAGUCUAUCAGAGGUUUUUACAAAUUGAGGAAAGCUUACAUGACUCUGGAGAAUCUGGUCUCGAUGGAAAUUGCAUUCAUGAAGACGCGAGCGGCACAGAGCAUUCCUACAUCCGCGGCUCAAUCCACAGAGAGCUUGAAUCCUCCUCCGUCUGAAAAGGCUUCAACAGGAAAAGUCGGGCCAACCCAGGAGAUAGCCGCCAAGGACCCGACACAACCGUCACAGCCAUCUGCAUUGCGAAAGGCGGAAGUCCCAGAGGAUUUGUCAGGGAGUACUUCUGACGAAGAAUUCUACGAAGCUGAUGUUAUUCACGAGGACAACCAGGUCACCGAAACUUACACCGGCCAUCUCGAAGUUGAGGCCGAAGAAGAAGAACUACCGGACAUGUCUGAAUUGGACCGCAAGAUUGAGAGGGUGAACCUGGAACACCGCUCGAGCCAGCUGCAGGCCGAAGGAGUGUUGAAACCGCCUCCUCCCAGCACUCUAGGAAUGCUCACCGAAGACGCGGACUCGGAAAUCUUUAGUAAUUCGCUCGAUGCCUUCAUUCAUUCGGGUACCAACCUCAUGUCUGGGAUUUUGUCCCUGCUAAUCUCCAUCAUCCCGCCAGCCUUCAGCAAACUGCUGGCCAUUAUCGGUUUUCGAGGCGAUCGCGAACGGGGAAUCAGGAUGCUGUGGCAAGCCAGCAAGUUCUCAAAUAUCAAUGGCGGCAUGGCCAGUCUGGUCUUGUUCGGCUGGUACAACGGGCUGGUCGGGUUCUGCGACAUCAUUGCCGACCCGGAUCCUUUGAAGCCGGAUGAUGUGGAAGGUUAUCCUGUGGCUCGCCUCGAGGCUCUGUUGGCUGAAGUGCGAAAGAGAUACCCCAAAAGCCAUCUUUGGUUGAUCGAAGAGGCCAGAAUGGCAGCAGCCAAAAGAGACCUCGACUCUGCCCUCAAGAUCCUUUCGGUAUCAAGUGCAAGUCAACUUAAGCAAAUAGAAGCGCUUCAUAUGUUCGAAAAGAGCUUAAGUGCCAUGAAUGCCCACCGAUACCAAUUAUGUGCGGACAGUUUUAUUGCCUGCGUAGACCUCAACGCGUGGUCACGAGGGCUUUAUUACUACAUUGCUGCCUCGGCACACCUCAGCGCAUACCGUUACGAUAAGACGCUUCCCAAGGAAGAAAAGCAAAAGCAUGCAAAGCUGGCCGAGGAGCACUACAGAACCGCGCCCACAAAAGUUGGUAAGAGGAAAAUGAUGGGCAGACAACUUCCGUUCGACGGGUUUGUGGUACGCAAGAUCGCCAAAUGGGAAGAGCGGGCAGCGCGAUGGAAUUGUAGCUUCAUCGAUGCCGUCGGGGUCAGCCCGCUCGAGGAGAUGAUAUUCUUCUGGAAUGGAUACAAGAAAAUGAACGCAAGCCAGCUACGGGAGUCGCUGGAGAAUCUUGCGUGGUCGGAAAAUACGUGGCGUUGGUCGCAGGAGGAUGCGGACGAACGUGCUAUUCUGGCGGUCCUGAAGGCGGUCAUCUUGCGGAAUCUGGGCCAACACGAAAAGUCCAAAGACGUCCUCAGCAAAAACAUGCUCAAUCGCAGCUCUUCCGACUUCACUGGCCAACACAAGGAUGACUGGAUGAUUCCGGCAGCACACCACGAGAUGGCGGUGAAUCUUUGGAUGCAGAGGGCCGGUUACAACAGUGCUUAUAGUACAGAUUUCCUGGGCGCUGCCAAUGCCGACAAACCAGUGGCCUCUUCUGGCAGGGGGUUGCCACGAGAUGCGGAACUGGUGCAUCAAUGCAAGACUCAUCUUGACAAGGCUAAGAGCUGGGGCAAAUACGAGCUUGAUGCGCGUUUGGGAUUGAAGAUCACGGCCGGACUUAAUGCGGUCAGGCAGUGGGAGACGAAGCAUCCCUCCCAUUCGAAAUGACCGCCGCGACUACCUUGCGAAAGGAAAGCAAUCCUGUCACGUUCAAGUUGGGAAUGUUUAUGUAUAGAUAUGCUUGCUUUUGAUCCACGAAAUAGAUGUUAUGAGGUGCCAGUGUUCAGCUGUAGCGCAAGGAAAUGUGUUCCUUCCAAGGGCGUCUCGUAAUAAGGGUCAAUGUCCUUGAACCCAAGUGAGCGGUACAUGUUGAGAGCGGCCACCAUGCUCGGAAGGGUGUCGAGGCGCAUUUCGGAAUACCCGAGUUUCCGCGCCGCCGCAAUGAUGCCCAAGGCUAACGCCUUUCCCACUCCCGUGCCUCGUCCCGAA